AGAGUAUUUACAUAGUUGACAUUUAAAGGUAAAAUCCAAUGGCGGUUAUUCUUUCUGUCGAAGUGUUUCUACAGUCUAUACGUGUUAGUACUUGUCUAUAACAAAGAGAACCUACCGGGAAGCAGAAAUCAAAGCAGAAAUGAACCGACGUCAAACGUAUACCAGCGUGAAAGCAACUACAGCAAGUGAAAGGGUUCAGGGUAAAGCGCUACACAACAAAGGGUCAUACAGUCUCCGGAAAAGGCGUCGGCAAGAUGAUUGUCCUUCGUCGUCAUAUAAACGAAAAAGGCGAAAUGACAUCAAUUCGGAAAUCAAAUCAAGAGCAGAAGUCAAGAAUAAGGAUAAAAGAGAUAUUAUUAUGAUUAGUUCUAAAGAAGACAGGAGAAUGAUGUCAUCCAAGUCAUCAAAACGAGUCUCGAGAAAGCGUAAAAGCAAGAUAUCCAUAACGAACGACAAUGCAAUUGUUGAAGGAGGAGACAAAUGUCAAAUGCAAACUAAACCACACUCAAGAAAAGAAACUGGCGAAAUUUGGACAACACAGAACAACUCGCGCUCGGCAGCAAAUUUUGCUGAAUCAUUUUUGAAGAAAGUGGAUGUAAAACGACACAUCCCACCACCAGAAAGCGACGAUCCGCUCCCCUACCUAAAAACAAUUGGAGGAAUAUCGGUAUGUGAUGACAAUCUGAUAUGGGUCAAUUAUACUUUGCAUCGCCAAGUGAAACUUUUUACACCUUCAGGUGAAGUUCUCAAAACUGUACGUUUGGACGAUAGAUGCCAGUUCACCUGUUACCUGCCAUCUGGGGAUCUGUUGUUGACUCAGGGAACCAUGUAUGGCUCGCAACCCAUUAUAACAUUGGUGCAGAGAACAGGGGAUGUAAGAACGUUUGCCAAUCUGUGUUCGUUCGCCAAAAAUUUGUUUGGAAUAUUGUACCAAGAUGAUAGGAUAUACGUCAUAGGACACAGAACACCUAAGAAAGACUUCAUAAUUACACUUAACAUGGACGGCGUAGUUCAGACGAUUAUAGACACAAAACCAGACAAGAUUAACAUAAAUCAUAUCAUUUCUUACCCUGGUCGGAUAGUUGCUGUUUCCACUGAUGGAUUUGCUAUAUUUCCGUUAGAAACUGCUUCCGUUUCGUCGAAAGAAAUUAACAAGGUUCAUGUCAAUCAUACGUAUUCCAAGACCGCAUGCUUUGAUAAUUUUGGAAAUCUUAUAAUUGGUCUAAGGUCUGAAAUCUUUGUGACUGAUCCAAGUUUGGAGCGUUCUCAUGAAAUACAAACCGGAUUUCCUGUUCUUGUCACAUCAACAGCUGUUGACAAACAAAAUCAGCUGUGGAUUGGCAUAGGAACGGGAGAUUUGUACAUUACUGAAUACCUAAAUAAAUGACAAUAUUGUACAUACAUAGUGUUGCAUAAAUAAAAAUGACCAGGAAACACAUUUGUAGGUAUUCAAACAAUAUAUAUAUUUAAAUUGAUAAUAAAUAUAUAUUUACUCUC